AUGGAGUGCUGGAAAAAGGUGAAGGAGCUUGGAUCCGGUUCAUACGGCAAAGUGUUCUUGGCGACCCGAGUAGCUUCUUACAGUCACUGCCAACCAUCCAGCAUGGCGGUCAAAACAGCCGAACGGAACCAACUCUUUUUGUUGAGAGAAGAAAAGAAAUUCUUGGCUGAAUUCAACGACGGGAUGUCGGCUCCAAACCCUAACAUCAUCCAGUGUUUCGGGGAUGACACGAGUGUCGAGAAUGGCCGGAUAGUUUACAAUCUUCUAAUGGAGUACGCAGCCGGAGGUAGCCUCAGAGAACUGAUCGCGUCGUCGUCCAAGGGCGGCGGCAUGCCGGAAUUCCACGUUGCUUCCCGAGAAUGUUCUCGUGUUUCCGCGAGGGUUACUCCAUCAGUGAAAAUUGCAGAUUUCGGGUUCGCCCGAUGGGUUUCCGAGCCGGAACAACCUCAUGAUAUGGUUUCUCAUGGGACACAAGAUUUUGACAGGUUUUAUAAUCGGGGAACGGCGAUGUACUCGUCGCCGGAAUCAAUGACUUUUGGUUUGCACGACACGGGUACGGAUAUCUGGUCACUCAGAUGCAUUGUGUAUGAGAUGAUAACAGGAGAACACAUUUGGAAACUCGGAACGACUAAUAGGGAUUUAUUAAGGCAAAUUCUAGGCGGGAAAUUUCAAAUACCAGAACGGUGUCAUUUAUCUCAAGAGGCGGUCGAUUUCUUGGGGAAAUGUCUCGUGACGGAUCCAAAAUAUAGGUGGUCCGCGUCCAAGUUGUUGCAACAUCCUUUCAUCGUGAAUAACGUGAUGAUUGCGUCUCAAAUUCAUGAUAUCGAUUGGCUGAACAGAAAGACGGAUCACCAGAUAAACAGUCCUUUUGGUGUACGGGAUUGGGUUUCGAAACGACAAUUGUUCUCUAUCACUCCAAUGUUAGAGGCUCUUCAUCAAAGCCAAAAAGCAUCAACAACAUCAUGA